AGCGUUAUAAUUCUUAAACAACAGACAUACGCAAUUGGAAAUAGAUUAUUGAUUACAUGUUUAUAGAGGAUAGCUCUCGCAUAAAAUAAAAUGACUUCCCCCUCCGUUAUGUUUUCAGCGUCAUAUCCCUCGCCGCUGGAGGAAUGUCGAGACCGAAUGAUUUAAAAAUAGCAUCUUCUCUCCUCUGACAGCCUUCUCUAGUGACUCCCUUAGCAUUGUGGUGCGAGAAGCAGGAAUGCGAAGAUGGCUGCAGAUUUAGGAGAGCUGCUUGUCCCUUAUAUGCCCACCAUCAGAGUUCCCAGAACAGGAGACAGGGUUUUCAAGAGCGAAUGUGCCUUUUCCUACGAUUCUCCCGAGUCUGAGGGAGGCUUGUAUGUGUGUAUGAACACAUUCCUGGGCUUUGGCAGAGAACAUGUGGAGAGACAUUACCGUAAAACCGGACAGAGUGUUUACAUGCUCCUCAAACGGCAUGUCAAAGAGAAAGCCACAGGUGCCGCAGGAGGCGCCAUCUCCAGAAGAAGAAAUGGCAGAGUGUUCCUAGAUUUAGAACUGAACCGUGAUUUUAACGGGGAUGAGUAUGAGUGUGAAGACGAGGCCAAGCUCGUCAUAUUCCCAGACCACUUCGAGAUCCCCUUACCAAAUAUUGAGGAGUUGCCUGCACUGGUGACAAUAGCCUGUGAUGCCGUGCUCAACGCUGCGUCAGCCUACAAAAAGCAGGAGUCUGACUCCUGGGACGAGGAGAUCCAGGUGUCCAAACACGCCAGGAGUCUCCGACAGCAGGACAACGGAGUGAGGAUCCCACCCAGUGGUUGGAAAUGUCAGAAGUGUGAGAUGAGAGAGAACCUGUGGCUGAACCUGACGGACGGAGCGGUGCUUUGUGGGAAGUGGUUCUUCGACGGUGCUGGAGGAAACGGCCACGCCCUGGACCACUACAAAGACACCAACUUCCCUCUGGCAGUCAAACUGGACAACAUCACCGCAGAUGGAGCAGAUAUAUAUUCAUUUGAUGAAGAAGAAGCAGUCCUGGACCCUCACAUAUCCGAACACUUGCAACAUUUUGGAAUAGACAUGCUACAGAUGCAGCAGAAUGGAACAGAAAAUGGCCACCUCAACACAGACAACACAGAGAGCGUUCGGCCUCGGGUCAGCGAGUGGGAGGUGAUCCAGGAGUCGGGCAUGAAGCUGAAGGAGGUGUACGGCUCAGGUUUCACGGGUAUUAAGAACCUGGGUAACAGCUGCUACCUGGGCACCACCAUGCAGGUCCUUUUCAGCAUCCCAGAGUUCCAGAGGGCGUAUGUUGGAAAUCUACAGAGGAUCUAUGACUACUCACCUCUUGACCCCACCACGGAUUUCAGCACACAAAUGGCUAAACUGGGCCACGGACUUCUCUCAGGCCUGUACUCCAAACCACCAAUGAAAUCCGAGCUCAUUGAACAGGUGAUGAGAGAAGAAUACAAGCACCAGUCGAAGGGCAUCUCUCCCAAGAUGUUCAAAGCCAUGGUCAGCAAGGGCCACCCCGAGUUCUCCUCCAACAGACAGCAAGACGCACACGAGUUCUUCCUGCACCUCAUCAACCUGGUCGAGAGAAACAGUGCUGGCUCAGAGAACCCCAGUGAUGUCUUCCGCUACCUGGUGGAGGAGCGUGUGCAGUGCUGCCAGACGCAGAAGGUGUGCUACAAUCAGAAGGUGGACUACCUGAUGCAGCUCCCUGCCCCUAUGGAGGCUGCCUCCAACAGAGAGGAGUUGAUAGCGUAUGAGGCCAAGCGAAGAGAGGCAGAGGAGAACAUGAGAGCCCCUCCAGAGCCUGUGAGGGCCCGGAUCCCCUUCACAGCGUGCCUGCAGGCCUUCACAGAGCCAGAGAACGUCCCCGACUUCUGGAGCUCAGCACUGCAGGCCAAGUCAGCUGGAGUCAAGACUUCCCGUUUCGCCUCCUUCCCAGAGUAUCUGGUAGUGCAGAUUAAGAAAUUCACAUUUGGGGUUGACUGGGUUCCAAAGAAAUUAGAUCUGUCCAUAGACGUACCAGACUUCCUGGACCUGUCUCGACUCCGGGGCACAGGGCUGCAGGCAGGAGAGGAAGAGCUCCCUGACCUCACCCCCCCCAUCGUCCUGCCUGAAGACACCAGAGAUGACUCAAUGAACUCCUCAGAUUCCCCAGAUAUAGACGAGUCGGCGGCGAUGCAGCUGGCGGAGAUGGGCUUCCCUCUGGAGGCCUGUCGGAAGGCCGUUUACUACACAGGGAACAUGGGCCCUGAAAUGGCCUUCAACUGGAUCAUAGCCCACAUGGAGGAGCCUGACUUUGCUGAGCCCCUGGCCCUUCCUUCCUUCAUGGAGCCAGGCCCCUCCAUGGCCAGCCUGGGCCUGGCAGCCACCCCCCUGGACAACCAGCCUCCGGAGGAGAGCAUCGCCAUCCUCACGUCCAUGGGCUUCCCCCGCCGCCACACAGUCCAAGCCCUCAAAGCCACGAACAACAACUUGGAGAGGGCUCUGGACUGGAUCUUCACCCACCCGGAGAGGGAGGAGGAGGAGGAGGAGCCUAGUGACGACCUUUUGGACAUGUCUGACAUCAUGGAGCCCAACAACAACACCUUCUCCAACGCAAACACGAACAGCCACUCCACGCUGUCCCCAGACCAGGAUGCCUCGGGCCCCCGGAUCAAAGACGGACCCGGACGUUACGAGCUUUUUGCUUUCAUCAGCCACAUGGGAGCGUCCACUAUGUCUGGUCGUUAUGUAUGUCAUAUCAAGAAGGAAGGAAGAUGGGUGAUCUUCAAUGACCAUAAAGUGUGUUUGUCAGAAAAGCCUCCAAAAGACUUGGGCUACAUCUACUUUUACCGUCGGCUGUCUAGCUGCUAGACCUACCCCCCCCCCCCCCCCUUAACCGUCAGCUGUCUAGCUGCUAGAACCCCCUCCACUCAACCCUCCAACCUUAGAGAACCACAGCCUGGAAAACAGAGGACAACCAUGACAUCAGUGGAAACCAUGGAAACACCUCAGACCAGCCAUGAAACAAAAGAAGCCACUCAACUCAUCCAAGUCACUCAAGAGCAACAGGAAAAUGCUUCCAUACUUCAAGUGCAGUCAAAAAAAAUGGAAAGCAAUGUGGAUAUUUUUUGUAUGUCACUGUGAAAAUCGUGUGCUUUUGUGUAUUGAAACAUGUUAUUUUGUCUACGGUGUUGGUACAGAGGGAUGUGUGCAAUUCUUGUUAUUGGAGUGCUCUACACCUAUAGUAUUAGCCUAUCAGAUCGUGCUAUUCAUUUUCUAUGCCUUCAGCUACUGUGCCAGUAUUUUUAUUAAUGAAGUGCUACGUUUUAUAAACGUGGAGCAUGGUCCUGAAGUGGUCACGCAUCACUGCCAGGAACUAAAACUCUCUGAAGCGAAACUCAACAAAAAAAAUCACAAUGCUGCUCAAUGCUGCUGGGAGCUUUGCAUGUACAGAUGUAGGAUCUUAAUUUGACCACAGCAGGAAUAUAAUCCUGUAGCAACUGGAAAUGUGAAUUGUGUGGAUUUUAAUUAAUGGACUUUUUUGUAGGGGUUGAUACAUUUUUAUUUAGGACAAAUCAUAUGAUGAAAAAACGCAUCAUACUGUGUUUUGACAAUUCUAGAUCUUGAAAGCUUGAUCGCGGAAAUACAAAACAUUUUGGGAAUGUAUCAAAUGUGGCGUAAUGCAACGAAUACUAAAACAGUUUUCUUAGUGAUAUUUUCCUUUAACGUAAUGGCAUUGAAUUCAGAGAAAUGGGCCGCAUAAGCAAGUUUCAGAAUAAGGAAACACAUUUGAAAAAACGCUCUCGUCUAUGAUGAACACUUACACAUGGGAAGCCAUGAAUAUGUAAUAUCCUUAUUGGAGAGUCCGAUGUACGGACUGAUGGUGUCAUAAUAGUCGCAUAUCUGUCUGGUUUUGACUUGCUGAUGGCAUCCUGUUUUUUCUGGGAUUCAGAGGUGAAACGGUAACAAUUGGACGUUUCAAGUUGAGUCAAGUUAAUUUAAUUUCCCACGAGAACAGAAUGUUGUUUUUAUAUUGAAAUCUGAAAGCACUUUUCAACAGAUUAUUUUAUAUCUUUGCUUUUCACAGAGAAACAGAGCACUAGCAUAGCAGCUACCUUGGCUCAAAUACAACAAACGGAUGUAUUCGCUUCUCUUGAAUGUGGUAAAAGCCAUGGGCUGAGUGUGUUUUAUUUCCAGACCAUGUUGCGAUUUACUCGUACUGUAUUCACACCGUUGUUGCUUCACAUAUAAUUCUACACAUAAGUGAAACAUGCCUUGGAUUGCCGUUUUCCUCAGAUCUGAUUGGCCAUGGUGACUAGCAAUGCAGAAUUGUUAUUUUAUUUGAAUCCUUUAGAUAAAAGGCCUACCCCAGUUUUGCAUAAUAUCUAGAAGUAUUUUGUAUACAGUAUUCUAAGGAGAUCCACUUUGGUUGCUCGCCUAAUUUGAUUACAUUUUUUUGUGGAAGGACAGACAACACACUAACUCAUGAGGUAAACUUUUGCCCGUUAUGGUAGUCCUUAAAUGUUACCUUGUUUUGUAUUCAUAUUCGAUACGCCACCAUCUUUUUAAAUGCAGAAUGGUAUGCAUCUGAACACAUCCUACUUGUGUUACGUUAUUAUUAUAGCAAUAUGCACUGGGAUGGAAUCUCAUCUCUUGAGAACACCAUGUACUGUAGGUUGUGCUCUACCGCUUGUUUCAGAAUGCGUUCUCGUGCUUUUAUGACGUGGUGCAGUCCUGAAUGUAUUCCUUAUGGUGCUCACUGCAACCAAAACCUAUCUUCAGCUUUAAUGCUCAAAUCUAUCACAUAUCAAAGACCUUACUGACGCAUAGUCACCAACCCUUGUGUUUCCAUUGAUACUGUAUUCAGCAUUUGCUCAAAGACUCUCUGCUCAUGCACCGAGUCACUAGGAUGUCGUCUUCUCCUGAGCCUAUACAGCCACUCUAUCAAAGACAGUUUGUCGACCGGCGUAGUUGUACAAACAAAGUGUUGCCUACAGUUCAUUACAUAUCGACAAGGUACUGGAGUGCAAUGUUACAUAUCAAAAACCCUCUUAGAUUUUUUUUUUCUUUCUCAUAAUAAUUACCUGGGACACUAGCCAAUCAAAGACUACUUACCUGCGGCACUAUCCAAUCAAAUAAUUGUUACCUGGGGUACUAUUCAAUCAAAGAAUACUUACCUGGGGCACUAUUCAAUCAAAAUACUUACCUGGGGAAAUAGCCAAUCAAAGAAUACUUACCUGGGGCACUAUUCAAUCAAAAUACUUACAUGGGGAACUAGCCAAUCAAAGAAUACUUACCUGGGGCAAUAUUCAAUCAAAAUACUUACCUGGGGAACUAGUCAAUCAAAGAAUACUUACCUGGGGCACUAUUCAAUCAAAAUACUUACCUGGGGAACUAGCCAAUCAAAGAAUACUUACCUGGGGAACUAGCCAAUCAAAGAAUACUUACCUGGGGCAGGUUUCUUGAAAAAGUAAACAUUAUUUUUUUGCAUUUUAAUACUUCUCAAUUAAAUUAAAGCACUCCACAACACGAAGGGUGAUAAUGAAAGAAACUAAAACUGCAUAUAAAGUCAAACAUACUUUCUUGCUUUGCAGGAUGAAUCAUGUUUUUGGACCCACACCAGGAACCCAGAAAAUGGUUUUGAUUUACUAGAGCCUUCCCCCUCAAGAUCUCCCAUCCUUGUCAGACACUCCUUGAUAAUUUGCUGUUGUAUACUUUGCCUGUGCAGUGGGGAUUCUUUAUGGUCUCUAUGUAAGUCUUUGUGUUACUGCAAUCUCCCUUCCACAUGUGAUUGUUUUUCUUAUAGAGAUAGAAUGUAUAGAGUGAAUCCCUCCUCUUGUCCAUGUAGAUUGCCAAGGGUCCUAGUGGCCCUUUGUAUAUCCAGGCCUACUUCACUGCCAAAGGUAUUUUUUAUUUGUUUAUUUUACUAGGAAAGUCAGUUAAGAACAAAUUCUUAUUUUUAAUGAUGGCCUGGGUUAACUGCCUUGUUCAGGGGCAGAACGACAGAUUCGUCAGCUCGGGGAUUCGAUUUUGCAACCUUCCAGUUAUUAGUCCAACCACUAGGCUACCUGCCUCCCCAUCUGAUUGCUGAGGGAGGGUGUUCUAUGCAUUCUAGUUCUUUACAUUUGUCCUCUACAGGGGCUCCUCCCACCUUGGCACUCAUCCUCUUUUAGGCCGGCAGGGUGACCUCUCACCUUCAUUUACAGUGGAUAUAUUUGUUAUGUAGGAUGUCUGGGGCAAGAUUCUAUCAGUUCUGCCUUAACCCGCAAUAACCGACAACUGAAUAGCAGUUUCAUUGUUUUUAUUUAGGCGAUGUCGGAGGUGUAACUACGUUGGCGCCGUCAAAUCUGUAAACGUCUCCAGGCGUUAAACCGAUCGUGGACAUUGGAUGCACCGUGUCGCAUUAGUAAUAAUCCCAUGUAGCCUUUUUACAAGUUUGAAUACUGGAAUGUGUGUUGUAACCUACACCUCAAUUAGGCUGAUAUUAUUCCAUAAUAUGAUUUUAAAUUUGAGUCAUUAUUUCUAUAUAGCCUAGGCUUGCUUUCUCAUUGUGAACUUUACCGCGAAUGGGUGUGGCUUCGUGACAAUGACCACACGAACCGCUUGCUCACCGGUUUGCCAGCUCUGAUACAGUUACACCUCCGACAUGGCCAAAAUACCAGCUAUGCAGUGUUGAUCUGAUUUUAAAUCUAGGCCUUCGUCUUCUGCCUUUUUUUUCUCAGCCCUCCAUCAUCUCUGUCUCUCCCUCUCCACCACUCACUCUAUCUCCCGAGGUUGUGAAUGGUAACUAACGGUUCACCUUUUGUGUCACAAAACGCCUUCGUACUGUCCGCAUGUGCACUAAAAGUUGACAUUCAGUCAUUUGGAUUGUACAAUUGUAUUUGUGUGUUUUCUAAUGUAAUUUAACUAAAUGGUCAAUGGUACUUCACCUGUUUUUACUCCUUUUUCUUUUUUUUUGGCCAAUUCUGUAGUUUUCAUUACAUACAGAUUCCCUGAAGGGAUUAUUUAAAGUAGACUUUUGUAAUGUAUGUAUUUAUCCAAAUAUUGUUUGGGAUAUCAGUAUUGUAAUGGAAUAUGUCAAUACAUGGUUAUCACAACAAUAUAUCCGCUGGUACUGUCAAAUAAACUGCAUAUUUCUUGACAUUUUGGACACUUGACACAGUGUAUCGUCAGUGAGAAACAAGCGUGGUUAUGGUUCAUCAUGAUGGCAAUUCCUCAAGGGGUCCAAUUUCUUGGCUUCUCCAGUUCUUUACUUCAUAAACAGUAGAAUAGCAUGCAUUUCAUGUAACAUUUUAACAUGAGUACUGUUUUUUUUUAUAUGUUUUUUUUUUAAAUAAAUGAGGUGGUUGUGAUUUAGUAGGAAAGGAGAGUUGCAGUAUAAAGUACAGAGCAAUGUAAUACAUACACGUUGGUAGACAUGCAGUCGAUGCGAUGAUAAAAUAUAUAUUCAAAAACAAAUAUAAAGAGACACUUUGAAUAUAUUACAAGUUUAUUUUAAAAGACAACUUUCAUAUCAUAUGAAAGGUGUUGAUGCUUGACUAGUGUUUUAGGUACA